AUGGAAACUACCAAGAAAAGACAUGAACAAAUCUACAUCAUUUGUUUAUACACGUGCUUUGGACUCAUGGUGGAGGCGAUCCAUCCGGACUGCGCUAUCAUCUCGCAGCACCUGAGGGCCCGGGAUACUUGCAACGAGACCAGAGAGAGUGAGAGGCAGAAUCGGAGCCUGCAAAGAGGGUGCAUCACCGAUUGGGACGGGAUAAACUGCUGGCUCAGAGCUGAAAUCGGACAAGUGGUCAACAUCUCCUGCGGGGAAGUCUUCCAGCCUUUCACCAGCUACCAGGGUUGGAUUUACAGAAACUGCACAUCAGAGGGCUGGUCUGUGCCGUACCCUCCGUAUGAAGACGCCUGUGAGUUCAGUGAGGACCCUGAGCCUGAGUCAGAAACCAGUUACCUGUCCACAUUCAGGCAAGUUUACACAGUGGGCUACGCCACCUCCCUCGUCUCUCUCAUCACAGCCAUUGUGGUCUUCUCCGCCUUCAGUGUGAACCUGGAAGCUUACAGAAUCCAGGAGCCGGUUCACGGGGGGCGACAACCGACAGCGAUAAGCAGCACUCGUCGCACCGGGAUGAAAACCAGAGACACAGAGAGGGCAACUGCAGCGGAGGGCGACAGAUGUGCUGUGCUCCGGCAGAUUGCGGGUCUUCCACAAAUGUGA